AACUUAAUCUCUUUGUUAUCGAUAGCAGCUCAUAUGCAUUUAUAAUAAGAAGGCAGUAAUAAGGGUCGAGUUAUUUUAAUUUAGGAAGUUAUGCUUAUCAUAUCAAUCUGUGUUUGUUAUUAUUACUUAGACAGUAAUAAAGUCAAUGGGAAUAAAAAGAAUUUAAAUCAUUGAACUAAAUUGCAACAUUUUGUGCUAACAUAAAAAACAACAAAUCGUGUAAAAACACAUCAUUGUUUUGUGCUAAGCAAAUUUUGACUUAAGGUUUUGUUUAGCGAAGUGACGUAGAAAGAAAGUGUCAAAAAUUGGAUUAAUAUUGUCAACAAAUAAUUUUGUUAAUUUAUUUUACAUCGACAAACAACACAUUUUUGUCUGUAAAAUUAAUUAAGUAUUCAGUAAUGGAAGUUAAGAAAAUUUCGUCUACUGGCGGUCGUAAGCAACCAACUGCUAUAUCUCGCAUGAAACAGGAUUAUAUGCGUCUUAAGCGUGAUCCUUUGCCUUACAUCACAGCCGAGCCUUUGCCCAAUAAUUUGCUAGAGUGGCAUUACUGUGUCAAAGGACCAGAGGACACACCAUAUCAAGGUGGUUAUUACCAUGGCACAUUGCUGUUUCCCCGUGAGUUUCCUUUCAAGCCGCCUUCCAUAUUUAUGAUCACACCAAAUGGUCGUUUCAGAACAAACACAAGGUUAUGCUUAAGUAUUUCAGAUUACCAUCCUGAUACCUGGAACCCUACUUGGUGUGUCGGCACAAUAUUAACAGGACUCCUAAGCUUUAUGAUUGAAACAACACCUACACUUGGGGCAAUCGAAUCUUCAACUUAUGAGAAACAGCAAUAUGCUAAGAAAUCGUUGGCAUUUAAUUUGAAGAACGAGCACUUUCGUGAACUGUUUCCUGAGAUUUGUGAUGAAAUAACGAAAAGAUUGCAAAAACAUCAACCAGCCACCACAGGUGCUGCUGCAACGAUCACAAAUGGAACAGUUACCAAUAAUAACGAUGCUGAAUCUGACAAAGAUUUGAUUGUUGCAAAUGUCGCUAAUGGUGAACUUGUCAAUAAAAACGCCCACAAUGUCGACAACGAAAACAAAGCUAACGCCGGUACGAAAGGUUUUUUCCAUACAUAUAUUAAUUGGCAAACAAUUUAUUCAAAUUUAGUUAUAGUUAUUAGUUUUUGUAUAUUCGCAUUAAUUGUGAAUUAUGUUCUUAAGAAUCUAAAUCAGGAAUAGGAUUACGUUUUUCUAUAACUAUCUAGGAUUACGUUGUUCCAUAUAACUAUCAGAAUGUUCUA